CCUAUAUAAUAAUUGUUACUUUUUAUGUCCUAGGGGUAGAGUUACACAGUUGACCUUCAAUAGAGAAAGCAGCUUUACAGCUGUUGUAAAAUUGGUCCGUAUUCUAAUCCAAUCCUUGUCUUUGAUUUCUUAAGAAGCUACAAUAAUAAAAUAAUAUAAAUCAAUCAUAUUGUGAAGUAUUUUACAACAGUUACAAAGCUGCUUUCCCUGCUGAACAUAGCCAUUAUGUUAUGCUUUUCAAAAUUGCUGACCAUCGUAUAAACAUUACUAGGCUUCAAACGAUGGUAUUCCACCACCUGCUGCUGUAACAGGAUUUCCAUCGACAACGCCAAAUAUUGCAUCUAGCUUUGUGCCACCUAUUAUGCCUGCGGCACCAUUUAUUCCUCCUCCCAGUUUACCACCAGGUCCUCCGGGUAUAAUGCCACCUCAGUUUUCCAUACCUCCGCCAGGUUUUACUUUUCCUAUCACCGCAGCACCUCCUCAAGAAGCCGGAGUCAUAGCUGCGUCACCGCAAAUAACAGCGCCAGGAAUUCCUCCUCCAUCGCCUAUCAACGGCGAUACUAAUGCAACAAUGUCUGCUUCUACAACAGACAAGAAGACAGACUGGAGCGAGCACAAAGCACCCGACGGCAGAACGUACUACUAUAACAGCGUCACAAAGCAGUCUUUAUGGGAAAAGCCGGAUGAACUGAAAACCCCAAGCGAAUUGUUGUUAUCACAGUGUCCAUGGAAAGAAUACAAGUCGGAGAAUGGCAAGGUGUAUUAUCACAAUGUAAACAAUAAGGAGUCCAGAUGGACGGUACCGCCGGAGUUGGAAGAGCUGAAAGCGCGAAUUAUAGCCGAGGAAGCUGCAGCAGCUGCUGCAGCGGUUGUGGCAAACGCCACGAAUUCCAACGUUCCUGCAGCUAUGCAACACUUGUCACCGAAUGUCGCGACUAUAUCGCAAACCAGUACGCCGGAAUCAGGAGGGAAGUCUGCUAUUGAACAGGCUAUGGCCGCGACCCUCGCAGCAAUUAAUAUUCCGACACCUCCCACGAAACCGGACGAGGAUAGUAAUUCCGCGAUGGGCUCGGCCAAUGACAGCCGCACCAGCACACCCGAGCCCAAAAUGCAAUUCAAGGAUAAGAAGGAAGCUAUCGAGGCAUUCAAAGAAUUACUGAGGGAGAGGGAUGUUCCAUCAAAUGCCACGUGGGAACAAGCGGUCAAAUUGAUUCAGAACGAUCCUAGAUAUCCGCAGAUGAAGAAGUUAAAUGAACGUAAACAGGCUUUCCAUUCGUACAAGACGCAGAAAUUGAAAGAAGAGCGCGAGCAAGAAAGACUCAGAUUGAAGAAGGCUAAGGAAGAUUUAGAACAAUUCCUGUUAGAAAACAAUAGAAUGGUAAGCACGACUAAAUAUUACAAAUGCGAGGAGAUGUUUGGUAAUUUAGAGGUUUGGCGGUCGGUUGGAGAUUCGGAUCGCCGAGACAUCUACGAGGAUGUUAUUUUCAAUUUGGCGAAACGUGAGAAAGAAGAGGCGAAACAAUUGAAAAAGAGAAAUACCAAAAGAUUGGCACAAGUUUUGGACACUAUGACGGACGUGACAUACAGGACUACAUGGCAAGAGGCGCAGGCACUGUUGCUGCAGUAUCCUGCAUUCGCGGAAGACGCAGACUUGCUAGAGAUGGACAAAGAGGACGCUUUAAUUGUAUUCGAAAACCACAUCCGCCAAUUAGAGAAAGAUGAGGAAGAAGAAAAAGAAUGCGAAAAGAAACGUAGGAAACGGCAAGAGAGGAAAAACAGAGAUGGUUUCAUAUAUUUACUUGACGAGCUUCACGAACAAGGCAAACUCACAUCGAUGUCGUUAUGGGUAGAAUUAUAUCCUAUGUUAUCUGCCGAUCUUCGGUUUUCGGCUAUGCUUGGGCAAUCGGGCUCAACUCCGUUGGACCUUUUCAAAUUCUACGUUGAAGACUUGAAAUCUCGAUUUCAUGAUGAGAAGAAGAUCAUUCGCGAGAUACUCAAAGACAAGAACUUUGAGGUGCAAGUGAAUACGACUUUUGAGGAAUUCGCCACGGUUGUAUGCGAAGACCGAAAAUCCGCGACUCUAGAUGCAGGUAACGUUAAAUUAACGUACAAUUUAUUGCUGGAAAAAGCAGAGGCACGUGAGAAGGAACGCGUUAAAGAAGAGACGCGGAAAUUCAAGAAACUGGAGACUGGUUUUAAGAAUUUGCUUAAGACAUUAAACGUAGACUAUCAAAUGGCGUGGGAGGAUGUGAGAUCGAAAAUCGAAGAAGAACAAGAUUUCAAGGCGAUCACUUUGGAGAGCGAAAGAAUACGGAUAUUCAAGGAAUAUCAACACGAGCUUGAAGAAAGUUGCAGUCAUCAUCAUAUUAGAAGUAAGAAGAAAAAGGCAAAAAAAUUGAAGCGCAAAUCACGAUCGCAUUCACACAGUCAGGAAUCGGAAGGUAGCGAGAAAGGCUUGAAAAGAAAGCGACACAAGUCACAUUCACCCAGUAUUCCUAGCAAGUCUGACAGUUCCGAGUCGGAAACGAGGAAGUCCAAGAGGAAGAAGAACAAGAAGAAGAGAGGCCGCAGCCAUUCUCGUUCGCAUUCCGGUCUUCCAUCCUCUGAGGAAUCUCCGGAAAGGAAACGGAAGGAGGAGAAGCACAGAAGGCCUUCUAUUCACAGCGAAGGUUCCGUUACAGAAAAUAACGAGCACCAUGAACUCUCCGAGGACGAGCUAGAAAAGCAAAGAGCGCAACUUCUACGCGAGCUCCAAAUGCAACAAGAGGAGAAUUGAUGAUUUUGUAAAGUGCUGCAUUUCACAAACGCGCUUUGAAAAAUUUGAAAUCAUCACAGGAAAAACGGCUAUAGCUGCUAUGACUAAAAGUCGCUCGUCAAUACAUUUUUUUUUUGUUAUAAGAUCCCGUAGUUGAUUAUAAGAACAAGUUAUGACUGUUAAGAUAUGUCUAUCUUACGGUUAUCACAACCAAAUGUAUUGAUGGGCAAAAAUUAUCAUCAUUUUCGGUUGUGGCAAGCGUAACAUUUUUUGUGUGAUUAUUUAUUUUCUGUUUGAUGACAGCUGUCUAUCUUUUUCAGAAGAUAUGGAUUAUUAUUAUUAUUUACAAAUAAUGAGUUGAAUACCGACACGCUUGGUUUCAAAACAAGAUUGUAAUUUUAAAAAACCUACAUGCGCUUGCGAAUAUUCACACAUAGUACACAACGAUGACGUUUGUUUAAAAAUGGAUCACCUUACAUAACGCAUUCUGGCCUUCGACGAGUAAGUGAGCUCUUUUUGUUUUAAGGAUGUAUGACUCGUCUUAUUUCUUGUUCUUUUCAAUGACUUAUUCGCGCUAUUCUUUAUGAUCAGAAAUAACCAUGUGUGACGAAUGCGAAGUGUACGCAACUCGAAAUCUCCAUGAUAAGCGUUUCUAGAAUAUAAUAGCGUUUGAUUCUCUUGUCAGCGUUAUCGAUUGUUUUAAUAUAUAAAUUGAAUAAUCUUUUUUUUUACCAGAAAGUACUUAUUCUUAU